AUGGCAAUGUUGUUAAUGGGGUCGCAACAUGGAGACAUGGUUGAUUAUUCAUCAUCAUCCAAGGCAAACUCACCACUUUCAGUCAUCUUAUUCAUUCAUAAGGCGAUAUGUAAUGAGCUUGAUGUGCUUCACCAGUUGGCAAUGGGCUAUGCCAUGGGACAACAUGCAGCAUUUUUGGAGCGGUUUCGUUUUCUCCAAUCAAUUUAUGAGAGCUACUUAAAUGCCAAAGAUGAGGUGAUAUUUGCAGCUGUUGAUACGCGCGUGAAAAAUAUAGCACCAACGUACUUCCUUCAACACGUCGGUGAAAGGACUGUUCUUGAUAAUCUGUCUAAGCUGCAAAGUUCUAGCAUACAAAAUGAGGAAACUUUCUCAAGGGAGUUGGCGUUUCUUACAGGAGCCUUACAAACCUUGGUUGGUCAAGGCUUGGCAAAGGAAGAGGAGCAGUAUUAA